UUGCACUACCACUGAUUCCUCCCAUUCUUUAGGAUCUGUAUAUCAAAAACUUCCUCCUCUUCUGCAACCUGGUUUUCGGAUUCUCCUGUCUGUCUAAAAGAAAAUUUAUCAAAAGAAAUAAGUAUUUGAAGUGAAGAAAGAAAACGGAACAGGUAUUAUACAAUGAGAGGCUUUACGUUCUAUGAAAGAGUCUUUCGAGCUUUUCACGACAACCCAACAUUUCCCAAGCUUCUUGUUCUCUCCACUGUCAGUAGUUGUGGUCUACUGGCAUUUUCUGAUGCAAAUCAAUCUCAAAGUUUAGUUUCUGAAUCUGCUCAAAGUGAAUGCAAGAAGAAGAAAGUGGUAGUGCUUGGAACAGGUUGGGCUGGCGUCAGUUUCCUGAAAAACUUGAAAAGUUCAUCAUAUGAAGUUCAUGUUGUGUCGCCUCGCAACUAUUUCGCAUUUACUCCUCUGUUACCAAGUGUUACAAAUGGAACAGUGGAAGCCCGUAGCAUUGUGGAACCGCUUCGAAAUAUUGUGAGGAAGAAGCCUUUUAAAGUUGAGUUCAAGGAAGCUGAGUGCUAUAAGAUUGAUCCUGUAAAUAAGAAAAUUCACUGUCGAUCUAGGCAUGCAAAGAAUUUGGGUGGCACUGAAGAAUUCACAAUGGAUUAUGACCUUCUGGUGGUGGCAAUGGGAGCUAGUUCAAAUACUUUCAACACCCCUGGUGUUUUGGAAUACGCCCAUUUCUUGAAGGAAGUAGAAGAUGCUCAGAAAAUUCGCAAGUCCAUAAUAGAUUGCUACGAACGGGCAAGUCUUCCUAAUAUAAGUGAAGAAGAGAAGAAGAGGAUCAUGCAUUUCGUGGUUGUGGGUGGUGGUCCAACAGGUGUCGAAUAUGCUGCAGAGCUUCAUGACUUUGCAUUUGAAGAUUUGGCUCGGCUAUAUCCUUCUGUCAGAGACCACCUCAGAAUCACCCUUCUUGAGGCUGGGGAUCACAUUUUGAACAUGUUUGAUGUAAGAAUCACUAAAUUUGCUAUGGAGAAGUUCUCUAGAGAUGGUAUUGAUGUAAAGACAGGUUCGAUGGUCAUAAAAGUUAAUGAGAGGGACAUUUCCACUAAAGAUAGAAGAACCGGCCAAACAGUUUCUAUACCAUAUGGAAUGGUUCUUUGGUCAACUGGUGUUGCUACUCGCCCUGUAAUUAAGGAGUUUAUGCACCAAAUCGGUCAGGGUAACAGGCGCGUUUUAGCAACUGAUGAAUGGUUGAGGGUUGAAGGAUGUGACACUAUAUAUGCGCUCGGUGACUGUGCCACGAUAAACCAGCGCAGAGUCAUGGAAGAUAUAGCAGCAAUAUUCAGCAAAGCAGACAAGAAUAGUACAGGUUUUCUACAUCUCCAAGACUUCAAAGAAGUUGUUGAGCACAUCUGUGAGAGGUACCCUCAAGUGAAUAUUUAUUUGCAAAAGAACAAACUGAAAAAUUUUGAUAAUCUACUGGAGGAUGCUCAAGGAAAUGACAAAAAACAGAUAGAUAUAGAAACAUUUAAGAAGGCUCUAUCUGAAGUGGACAAGCAAAUGAAAAAUCUUCCUGCAACGGCUCAGGUUGCUGCUCAACAAGGUGAAUACCUUGCAAAGUGUUUCAAUCGUAUGGAGCAAUGUGAAAAGUAUCCUGAAGGUCCUAUAAGAUUUAGGGGCACGGGCCGCCAUCGGUUUCAUCCUUUCAGGUACAAACACUUUGGACAAUUUGCUCCCUUGGGAGGAGAACAAACUGCAGCUCAACUACCAGGAGACUGGGUCUCUAUUGGCCAUAGCACUCAAUGGCUCUGGUAUUCAGUGUAUGCAAGUAAGCUAGUGAGUUGGCGCACAAGAACUUUGGUGAUAUCUGACUGGUUCAGAAGGUUCGUAUUUGGAAGGGACUCGAGCAAAAUCUGAGACUGGUUGGAAAAACAUCUCGUCCCAUAUCAACUUUAAUUCUUUGGGAACUUUCCUUGUAUUCCUUUAUUUAUUGUUACAAAAAUAAUUCCUUAGCAGAAUAGCUUUUCUCAGGAAGAAUGUCAGCGUAAUAAUACAGUCGUUUUCCAUUGUUUA